GUCUGAGCAGCAGAUAAACAGAUUAUUCCCAAAACAGAGUCUACUCUUUUAAGAUGACGCUUUUCUUUGGGCGGGGCGAACAGCACUUUCCCUCCGCCGCCAGGACGAGUCGCGCAAUUCCUCAGGAGGCUUCGGACCGCAGACGCCGGGUGGCCUUCGUGUGACCUCCGCCAACGCAGCAGAGCGUCUCGCUGUUCACGUAUCGGCUGCUCGCGGGUUUUUUGAUCCCCACAAUGUUCGGGGGCUUGGGACUUUUGUUCCUCAUUGCCUGGCAGGUCCAAGGCAGGAGCGCCCUGCCGGCCUCGGGUCCCAAGGAGGAGGCGGUCUCGCCCUGGGCGAGCGCGGCGGCGUUGGCCAGGUCGCCGCCGCCGCCGCCGCCGCCGCUCGUGGCAGGAUGGCUGCCGGAGCUCAGCGGGCGGCGCUCCAAGAGGUCCGUUUUCCUGCACUCCGGGGUGAGGGUCUGCCCUCAGGAGACCGUCGGCGAGGUUCUGGCCAGUCAUCGGGCCUACUACCAGCUUCGAGUGUGCCAGGAGGCCGUGUGGGAGGCCUACAGGAUCUUCCUGGACAGGAUUCCUGGGACCGCCGAGUACCAGCGAUGGGUUCACGCGUGUCAACAGGAGUCGCUCUGCAUUGCCGAUAUCGCCAGAAAUUUCAGCGAUUCCGAGGAGCACUUGGACAUGAUCCACAGGAGGAUGAAGCGCCUCAGAAACGUCGAGCCGCAGUCACGAGCUCCGCCGACUCCCGGCCCCGUGGCUUCCGACGCGCCAGAAGUUCUGAGCACCUCCAGAGGUUCUGAGCCCCUCGGCCCGGCCGCUUCCUCUCCAAGCUCGACCCCCGAUCGACAGCGCGGCGCCGCGGCGGAAGGAGAGGAGGACUCUGACAUCCCGAACGCUGUCCCCGAGAAUCCGGCGGAGCAGAGGGUCGAGUUCGGCAUCGACCUGGUGGAUCCGGGAUAUCGAGAACUGCUGGACGACCCGGACUCUCCCCAGUACGUUGACCUGGCUCACCACCUGCAGGACCAGAUGCAGCACGUUUUUGACAAACUUCCAGGAUUUAAAAGCAUCCGUGUUUUGCGGAUCAGCGAGACGCGGCGAGCCGACAGCGUUCACGGCGGAAUCACGGUCCACUACUCGCUGGUCUUUGAAAGGACUUCGCAAGGAACCCGGCCCGCGGCGGCGGCGCCGUCCGCCGACUCGGAAUUGAGAGAGACGGUGAGAAAAGCUCUGCGCGAGGAGGCGUCCCUUCCGGUCGAUCUGGAAUCCUUGAACUUUGACCCAGGGGAGGCCCUUCCGGCACGGACACGGUCCUCCUCGCAGGAAUCCGGCGGGGAGGUAUUCGGUCACUUCCCGGAUGACCCGGAGGUGGAUGAGCUUCGGCCGGUGGUGCCCCUCCCCGCCUUGGAGAAGGAGAAGGCGCCGGUCACGCUGCUGGAUCCCGACGACGAGAACGAGGAGGACCUGAGGUUUGAGCCGGAUGCGCUGGAGCCAUCCCGUGAAGAAGAGGAGCUGAUCAUUUCUCACAAAAUUGAGACCUUCCACCAUACGGAAACUGGAGAACUCGUCCGGGACUACGCGCUGAGCCCUCCUCCGGUGACCGAGGACGGCCGGAUCCCCGACGCGCACAUUUCGCUGACCUCCUCCCCUCCUGGGAAGGAACGUUUAGACUCGGGUGUUCCACGACCUUACGGCCCCGACGAGGACACUUUGGAAUUGCAGGCCGAGUCCGCCAUCCCACGGACAGCGUUAGCGGAGAAGCCCGCUCGAGGAAUCCUUGAGACUUUGGGCCAGACACCGGUACCGAGUGAGGUUUCCACGCCGGAUGAGGAGAUGGCGCGAGGAAAACACCGAGCCGCAGAGCCAGCUUUCGAUGCUCCCGGAACGCGGGACAAGGAACUUGACGUUUUGAAUCCACAGGACAAGUCCGCUGAUGCGGUCGAGCAGAAGGGAAAGGCGGGAGAGCGGCACGGAGAAGAGGUCGAAGGAUUUCCCCGGAGCGGAGAGGCCAAUAAGCAAGACGUCAGGCAUGGAAACGUCGUGGAAACACUAAGCGCUCCUCUUGAAGAGCCAGUCACGGUGUUUUCCGAAGAACGCCUCUCCGAUGCUCUAGAACAAGAACAAAUCGUCAAGGAAACAUUAUCCGCCGGUUCGGAACAAAGCUUGCCCGAGGUAUUGGUGGAAACGGCGACUGUUUCGGAGGAAGCGGCUCAGACACUCGUGGAUGUUCCCAAAACAAUCGAGGAAGAGGCUGCCGCCGUUCCAACUCCAGAGGACUCACUUGUAGAUUCAGAGGAGGCGUUUGCCGGCGGCCCUCCGGAGUUCCAAACGGAACCGGGGACAAACGUCAAGGAGCGCAGCGAAACAGGAGAUGAGGAAACUGCGGCAUCGCAAACACCGGCGGCGGCUUCAGAACCCGGCGGAGGAGUUCCGCUGGGUGUUGGACUCGCUCCGGGAGAUCCCGUCGAAGCCGAGGCGGGAACGGGAAAUGUUUCUGGAACGGAGGACGAAAUGGACAAUUCGGUGAAAGAAGCGGAAGCAGGAGAGGAGGAGGAGUUUGCGGGUGACAGACACGUUGAUACUGCGGAAGGGGAAGAGGAAACCAUGGCUGAUCCUCCACCAAAUUCAAAUUCAAAGGAAGCGCUUGCCAUUUUAGAGCCCGUCCUGGAGCGCGACACUCCUGAACCACAAGCGGAAUCCAUUCAGGUGUUUGCUUCAUCGGAUGGGGAAAGGGACCUUCUCCUCGGAGAAAAUACCGGCGAGGUUCUUCAGCCUGUCGCGCCGGGCCGGGGGCCCCUGGAGGAAGGUCAUUCGCCCAUCGUUCCGGCGGCGGGUGAGGAGGACGCGGGUGAACCCCAACGUGCCCCGAUUGAAUUCUUGCUUCCCGACGAGGGGUCGGAUGGCGCCAAGCAUCAAGCGGGGGAGGACGUGGACUCUGCGGCAUCAGUCGGCACUUACGCUGAGCCGGCAGGCACGACUCCUCCGGACGGGGCCGCGACACCAGAGGACUUCUUUCUGGAGGAGGCUGAAAGAGAGGAGAAGAGAAGGAUCCCCCCGCAACCAGCUUUGUACUCCUCAGCAGCGCCACCUUGGACUUCUGCCCAUGGCCCCGCGGUGGACCUUGGACUCUUUGAGGCGGCGGCGGCUGAGGAACAAAGCGCAUCGUCCGUCAUCGUCAUCGAGGAGGACGCGAAAGAUGGCGAUCGCCUGACGAGCGGACCCGUCACGACGGAGGGCAUCGUCGGCAAGGCGGUCGGGGACCAGGCGGAAGAACGGGACCGAGCCGAGCCGGCGGCCACGGUCCCGGCGGACGAAGGCAGCGGCUUUCUAGGGGAGCGCACGUCCGACAGCGUGGCGGUCACGCCCGCCGCCACAUACCUGACCACAGCCGGCGUGACCACGGCCAGUCACGGCCGGGAGCUGGUGGUCUUCUUCAGCUUGCGCGUCACCAACUUUGAUUUCUCAGAGGACCUCUUCAACAAGACGUCACCCGAGUACAGGUCCUUGGAGAACACCUUCCUUAACGUGCUGCUGCCAUACCUGCAGGCCAACCUGACGGGAUUCCGCAACUUGGAGAUCCUCAACUUCCGCAAAGGCAGCGUGGUGGUUAACAGCAGGAUGAAGUUAGCCAAGUCGGUGCCCUACAACAUUACGGAGGCGGUCCAAUGCGUCCUGCGGGAUUUCUGCUCCAACGCUGCGGCGCACCUGCACAUCGACAUCGACACCCGCUCGCUGGACGUGGAGCCAGCCGACCGGGCCGACCCUUGCAAGUUCCUGGGGUGCGGGGCCGGUUCCCGCUGCAUCCUGGAGCCGGCGAGUCGGGCCAGGUCCGGAGAGGCGCGGUGCCAGUGCGAGCCGGGCUUCCUGUCCGUGGACGGCCUCCCGUGCCGGAGCGUCUGCCAGCUCCGGCCGGGACGAUGCGGCGACGGCGCCGAGUGUCACGUGGAGCCCGGACGCGGCGCCGUGUGCAGGUCCAAGGGGAGCGAGCGUCUCCGGGCGGCCUAAAACGUCCCGAGUCUCAGAAAUCCCGCUCCCGCCACAGCAGACUCGGCUGCUUUCUCGGCCGGGAGACGAGCCAUCCUAGCAACCAAGCCGUCCGUCUCGGUCAGGGGUGUCCAAAGCGGAUCCUCGCGGGCCGCUCCGUUGCCCGCUUUCCAUCCGUCCCUGCCGCGACACGCCCGACUCCAAGGGGGAGGAGCGUUCUGGCGCUUCUUCGGAGCCUGCCGAUGAGCCGAUCCUUUGAAUCGGACGUGUGCGCAACUGGGGGAGUUGGCAAACAGGCGGGACGGCGACCCGCGAGGACCGGCGCCGGACAUGCCCGGUCUGGAUGGAGCGGUCUUCUUCAAGCAAAACUCAUCGGGGGGGGGGGGGGGGGGGGGGGACCAUGUGACACUGCUCUGUAGUUCUGCUUCUUGUUCAAUGUUUCCAUUUGACACAAACCAAAA